CGAAGUCGAAAUAGGCCAUUAAACCAAAACACAACCACUCGCGCGUUUACACAAAAUUUAGGAUCAUAGGCCAUUUAAACUCAAAAGAGUCAUUUUUCUUGUAUUUCAACUGAAAAUUGUUUAUAGUUUAAAUGAUCAUUAUUGAAAGAUCAUUUUAGAAAUGAAUUUGGGUGAGUCAAUUCUUAAGAGAUCUGGUGUGAAUGGUCUCGCACACGCUAUUCAUCCUCGACAUGGAUUAGUUUGGUCAGAUGGUAAAGCUAUUUUUUUAUCACCAUUAAAUAUUUUUAACAAUCAACUACACAACUCUUCUUCAACCAGAUUAGGAGAAUUUGAUAAUGUAGAGAAUGUGUGUUGGAGUAAUGAUGUUAAUGAAACUACAUGUUUUAUGUGUGUCAUACAUAAUAAUUAUGUAACAGUUUGGAAAGUUACAGGCCUUUCACCAAAACUCUCUUUUAAACAGGUCAGAAAAAUCAACGUUAAACCUAUUCCACAAGGUGUUUUAUGGAACCCUAAAUGUGAUGUUUUAUGUUUAUUUAGUCGUAAUCAAGUCAGCUUUUAUUUUAAUCAUUUAAAACAGAAAGGAAGCUAUGCUUUCCCACCUUUAGUCAGUGGUAAGAUAAACUGUGGUUGUUGGUCUAGAGAUGGUAAUAAAUUAUUGGUUUGUGUUGGAUCUUCACUGUUGAUAUACACAUGGUCAAAUAUUGAAACUUCUCUUAGUGAUUUUAUGCCCAGUGCUUGGACAUUACCGAAAUCUGAUGGUAAUGUUACAGCUAUUGUACCUGUUAAUGAUAGUAAAUAUAUCUGUUGUGUUGAUUUACCAUUAGAAAGAUUGUGUCAUAAUCAAGAUCUAUAUUUGAUACCAGAAUUACCGGAGAGUGAUAAUAAUAACAAGUAUGAAAAAGAUGUGUUAAAGAGUGGAAAUUCUAUUUCUAUUAAAGAUCAGCUGUUUAAUCUACCAAAGAAUCCUCAAUCUAGUGGUUGUAUAAUAGUGGGCUGUAAUAAUUUACCCCAAUUACAAAUAUACACAGUAUCAGAGUCUACCCUUACAUUUACCACACAAAUACAACUUCAGAAGAAUGAGAGACCAAAAGGUAUUAGUAGUGUUUCUGGUAAUGUUACUAAUGUAGUAAAUGGUGUACUGAUAUUAAUUGGUGAAUUAGAAAAGAAAGAGAAUAUAUUUCCAUCCUCUGGUACAGAUUGUGACUAUAAACUAUCAGUUCAGUACUAUCCUGUUACUCCUGAUCGAAGUUUACAGCAUUGUCAUAGUCAUUCAGAGAUAGAUAAAGUAAAAAUUUGUCGACCCUCAUCAAAAAUUAAGUCAGUUAGCGAGUCAGCCUUAAAACAAAUACAAGUUAGUGAGAAUACAGAACCAGUGUCCUUAGUGAUACCUCAACCUGUCACUAUUACACCAUCUUCUAAAUCACUGAUAUCAAAUAUAGAUGAUACCAUACCUUCUAACACUCAACUAGAAUUAGAAAAAACUGGGUUUAAAGACAGUGUACCUAAAUUUCAUUCUGAACUGGAUAAUGUAAGGUCUACUGACUCUCACUUCACAAGAAAAAAAUCUCAGAUUGUAAAAGGCAACAAAUCAAAACUUUUGUAUGAUGAAUCUCAAGUUAGUGCUAGUGGUUUAACUCAUAAGAAAUUGGACCAAUUAGAAGAUUCUCUGUCCGAUCCAGGAUUAAGUAUUAGUUCCUGUAAUAGUGGUAAUUAUGAAGUAUUAGAAAGUCUUGUAGAAACACAGAAAGAUCAGAUUGAAGAAUUGCAGAAAAAAGUCCAGUCUUUAUCAAUGUUGGUAGAUGAAAGUUCUGUUAUCAAUAUAACCAAAUACCAAACACCUGAAGACCCUGAUCAUGUAAAAGUUGUAUGUGUAUAUGACAAUGGUAGUACAAGAAGUAGAAAGUUUUUAUUAGAUAAUGGUAGACUUCAACUUGAUACACUUAAAAGGGCUUUUAAAUUAGAUUAUAUUGAACUCAUAAUAGAUGAUGAUCCUAUGGUACUAAGUUCUAAUAUAGAUGGAUAUAUACCUAUUAAAUUUAUACCUGGUUCUACAUUGAAUAUAACUGGUGAUGCAACUGCUGAUAUUAUAGCAUCUAUAAAACAUAGUACGAUUGCUUCCAGAGCAUAAGCUACCAUAAGAAGUGCUUAGUUCAUUUACUGAUACAAAAAAAUUUUUCUGCAAUUUUACUGAUUCAAUUUAAAAAUGGAAUCAGAUUUUAAAGCAAUUAAAUAGAAUUAAUAUUUUUAUGUAACGUUACUAAAGUUUUUUUCAGUACAGUCUUUUUAGAGAGCUAUAAUCAAAUAUGUAGCAGUUUGAAAUAUUAAUCGAGAUUAUUUAGUUGUGAAUAUAUUUUUUAUAUGUAGUAAUCAUUGUUUAUACAUUUUUUUUUUUUUAAUGUGUUCAUUUACAACUGCCAUGUUGUCUUUCUGUUAUCUUUAUAUAGUUAUAUUUUUAAUACUAAUAAAAUCAUUUUAAUA